UUAAGAUAAUAAGUGCUCACGUGUGUGUGUGUCGGACCGACGUGGUUUAGUUUGUCUUUUGAUUUUGUCGCUUUGGGAAGCACGUGGGUCUCAGAACUUCGGAGCGCGCUUGCCACCUGUGCCAGAGUCUGGAGCGCGCGCGCCCUCCAGCGCAGAGGCCCGGGAGAACUACAUUACCCAGAAUCCUUGCGCAGAGCCCCUGCGGCGCUAAGCCAAUGGGGGCCCUUGCAGAGGGACGCUUGGGCACGUCCAGGCGGGACUUCCGGCGCCCCUGCGGCGGCGGUCCUUUUGGUGACUCUUGGGUCGGUCCACCUGGACAGGGUCUGAGCUCUUGGUCCGGCCCAAGGUUUCCAUGGCUUCAGAUGCGUUCACGAACCACGCACAGGGUGACCUUGGAGGAUGUGGCUGUGGACUUCACCUGGGAGGAGUGGCAGCUCCUUGGCGAGCCUCAGAGACUCCUGUACCGGGAUGUGAUGCUGGACAACUUCACCCUGGUGGCCUCGCUGGGAUUUGCUUCUUCCCAGAUCCGUGUAGUUGUCCGGCUGGAGGCGGGGGAAGGCACCUGGGCGCCUGGCAGGGCAGGCGUUGGGCCAGCUGCGGCACUAGGGACUUGGAGGGGACCUGGCCCUGGCUGUUGGUUUCAGAUGGAGAAUGCCGAGGCGCCUUUGCAAGCAGUGCCGCGGAUCAGGACUCCCAGGUCAGGUUCGGCCACGCAGAGUGCCGAGCCAUGUGGGAUGUGUGGCCCAGUCAUGAAGGACGUUUUGCUCUUGGCCGAACACCAGGGGAUUUGCUCUGGGCAGAAGCUUCAGGCAUGCAGGGCGUGUGGAAGACAGUUCUGCUUCAGCCUAAGCAUCGCUCAGCAUCAGGACGGAGAGGGGCUCCCCAGCGGGGAGGAGGACGGGGCGUCACCGCUUACGGGCUGCAGAGGCCACCUGUCAGAGGAGCCCUUUCUGUGCAGGGACGAUGGGGAGGAUCUCCUGCCCCACCCAGGCCCUCUGCACAACCAGACCGCUGACCUCCGGGGGCGUCCGCCCAGAAGUGCAGGGUGCAGCGAGGUCGUUCCCACUGGCGACGGGCGAUACCGGUGCCGUGAAUGCGGGAAGGCCUUCAGCCAGCAGCACCGCCUCGGCCAGCACCAGAGGGUUCACGCUGGAGAGAAGACUCAUGCGUGCCGCGAAUGUGGCAAAGCUUUCAGACGGAAAUGCAGACUCGUUCAACACCAGAAAAUCCACGCCAGAGACAGGAGUUACGAAUGCACGCAAUGUGGGAAGUCCUUUAGACAAAGCUAUGGCCUUGUUCAACAUCAGAGAGUUCACACGGGGGCAAAGCCUUAUAAUUGUGUAGAGUGUGGGAACUUCUUUGGCUGUAAAACCACCCUGGUUCGCCAUCAGAGAAUCCACACUGGAGAAAGGCCGUAUAAGUGCACAGAAUGUGGGAAAUCCUUUAGACAACGGUCUGGCCUUAUUGGACACCAGAGAAUUCACACAGGGGCCAAACCUUACGAAUGCAGCGAGUGUGGAAAAUUCUUCAGCCGCAAAAUCACGCUUGUUCGGCACCGGAGAAUCCAUACCGGAGAAAGGCCUUACAAGUGUACUGAAUGUGGCAAGUUCUUUAGCCAAAGCUCUGGGCUUGUCUCACACCAGAGAGUUCACACUGGUGAGAAACCUUAUGAAUGCGCCGAAUGUGGUAAAUGGUUUAGCCACAGGUCUAGCCUCAAUUUGCACCAGAGAGUGCACACUGGGGAGAGGCCUUAUGCGUGCAGUGAAUGCGGGAAAGCCUUCAGUCUGAAAUUUACACUUCUUCGACACCAGAGAACCCACGCUGAAGAAAGACCGUAUGAGCGUAGUGAACGUAGGAAGUGCUUUAGCCACAAAUCCAGCCUCAUUCAACAUCGGCAAAAUCAUGUCGGAGAGUGUUGAGCCAGUGGCCUUCCCUCGCUUGGUACCAGAGGGUUCGCCCUGAAGAAAGGCCGUGGAAUACAAGAGUGUUAUCUGCUUGGUCAAUGCAUGACGGCAGAAAAGCUCUGAGAAUAGAGUUGUGAAGUGGCCGUCAGCCAAAGGCUACACCUCACACCUGACGUGCAAGCCACAGUGUGUGGGGAGGCUUCCGGAGGUGCGUUACCCUGUCUGACCUGCACGAGGCCCUUCCCUGAGUGCUCUCCCUGCCGGUGCCAAUGGCAGAAUCCAUCUCCUAUGUACCAUCCGGUGGCCCUGUGAGCGGAGGGACGGCCAGUCUUUGUACUGUGUCCCCUGUAGGAAACCACAAGUGGCGUGAGGCCAUCGCAGUUUACCCUGAUCAGCUUAACACACUGAUGGGGUUAAUAGAAUUGGAGCCAGCAAACCAGAAGGCAUGUGCCUUAUCCAGUGGUGCUUAGAGAAAUAUUCUGGUCACUAUAGCUGUGAGGGAUUCGGGUAUUCAGGUAUUCUCAGAACUUCCAGAUUUAACGCCUCCUGUGGCUCAGAUCACUGGUAGGGCAAAUAAUCUGAAUGUUUUCUGAAUUGUCAAGACUGUUUGGGUUGCUUACUUCAAGGUCAUUGCUAUACAGGCAAGAAAAAGAAACCAAGAAAAGCGCUGGUUGUCUAGGCAUGUGACUUAUUUAGCAUCUAUUGCUUGCUAGGCUUUGCUUCCAUUGGUGUAGGGCUGUCCCUUCCAAAGGAAGAACAUAUUUUUUUUUUAAAGAUUUAUUUAUUUAUUUGAAAGAGUUACACAGAAAAAGGAGAAGCAGAGAGGCAGAGAGAGAAAGAGGUCCUCUAUCCAAUGGUUCAUUCCCCAGUUGGCCACAAUGGCCAGAGCUGAGCCGAUCCAAAGCCAGGAGCCAGGAGCUUCUUCCGGGUCUCCCAUGUGGGUGCAGGGGCCCAAGGACUUGGGCCAUCUUCUACUGCCUUCCCAGGCCAGAGCAGAGAGCUGGAUUGGAAGUGGAGCAGCCAGGACUUGAACCAGCGCCCAUAUGGGAUGUCAGCACUUCAGGCCUGGGCAUUAACCUGCGCCACAGCACCGGACCCCCAAAGAACAUAUUUAAGAUGUGUUUCCCAAAUCAUCUCAUUUUUCAAGAGAAGUGAAGGAUCCAGAUUUCCAUGUUGAACUGUUAAAAAAUUUGUUUUAUUUAUUUAUUAGAGAAAGAGCCCCCAUCUGUUUGUUCACUACCCAAAUGUUUGCAGUGGCCCAGGGGCAAAGCUGGGAGUUAAGAUCUCAACCACGUCUCCUAGGUAGGUGGCAGGAACACAACUAUUUGAGCCAUCAGUACGGCCUCCCAGGGUCUGCAUUGGCAGGAAGCUGGAAUCAGGAGCUGGAGCCAGGGAGUCACCCAGGUAUUCAGAUAUGGGACAUGCAUCUUAACCACUAGGCAAAAUGCCUGCCCUGAACCAGUUGUUUUUUUUUUUUUUUUUUUUUUAAAGAUUUAUUUAUUCGAAAGGCAGAGAGUUACAGAGAGGCAGAGAGAGAGAGAGAGAGAGAGAGAGAGAGAGAUCUUCCAUCUGCUGGUUCACUCCCCAAAUUGCCACAAUGGCCAAAGCUGGGCUGAUCUGAAGCCAGGAGACUCUUCCGAGUCUCCCACAUGGGUGCAAGGACCCAAGAACUUGGGCCAUCUUCCACUGCUUUUUCCCAGGUCAUAGCAGAGAGCUGAAUUGGAAAUGGAGCAGCCGGGACUCAAACUGGCACCCGUAUGGGAAGCCAGCACUGCAGGCGGUAGCUUCACUCGCUACACCACAGUGCUGCCCCCCUUGAACCAGUUUUUGAAGGCUCUAUGUAGAUGCAGUUGAUGUUCAGUGUGAAGAAUGAUUUUUAUGUAUCCAUGCAACCUUCACCACGGUGAUGAUAAUGAACAGAUUUCUCAACCACAAAUUUGCCUCAUCCUUUACAGAAAUCCCCCUUUAUCCAGUUUCUUUUUUUUUCUUCCUUUCCUUUUUCUCUUGCUGUAUGUCUCUUUCUUUAUUUAAAAAGAUUUAUUUAUUUGAAAGAGUUACAGAGAGAGGGAGAGAGAGAGGGGGAGAUCCCUCCAUCCAGUGGUUUAUUCCCCAAUUGGCUGCAACAGCUGGGCAGGCUGAAUUCCAUCCGGGUCUCCCACAUGGGUGGCAGGAGCCCAAGCACUUGAGCCAUCUUCCAUUGCUUUCCCAAUUGCAUUAGCAGGAAGCUGGAUUGGAAGUGGAGCAGCCAGGGCUCAACCCAGUGCUCAUGGGAUGCUGGUGUUGCAGGCAGUGGCUUAACCUGUCAUGAUGUGGGACCCCCACAGUCUCCAAAGUUUUGCUGUGGUGAAUCAUAGUCAAAAAAUACUAAAUGAAAAAUUUCAGAAAUAAUUCAGGUUUUAAAUUACUUUUAUUAGUUUUUUUUUUAAAUAAAAAGGUUAUUUAUUUAUUAGAGAGAGAGAGUGAGAAUGAAUGACAUAGAUCUUCCAUCCAUUGAUCGACUCACCAAGUGGGCACAGUAACCAGAUCUGGGCUAGGCUGAAGACAGGAGCCUGGAACUCCAUCCUUGUCUCCCACAUGGGUGGUAGGCCCCAAGUGCUUGGGCCAUCAUCCACUGCCUUCCCAGAAGCAUUAGCAGGGAGCUGAAUUGGCAGUGGAGUAGUCGGGACUCGACCUGGUGCACCCUUUUGUUGUAAAUGGUGGCUUAACCUGCUGCAUCACAGUAUUGGUCCCUGUGGUACAUUGUUAGAAUUGUUUUAUUAGCUAUGUUUGUUAAUCUGCCAUGCCUUAUUUAUAAGUCAAAGUUUGUCAUAUGUAUGUAUAUGUAGGAAAGGCCAGUUUGCUUAUAUACAUGGUUUGGUACUGUCGACAUCCACUUGGUACAUACGCCCUGUGAUGCAAGGGGACUACUGCAGACUUUUUAACUUUUCUAGAAUUUUAUGUGAAUGGAAUACCAAAAUAUUGUUCUAAAGAAGUUUUUAUUUUUUUUACACAGUGUAAUUAUUUUGGGAUUCCUCCAUGGUCCAUGUCUGAUUACUUCAUUGUUUUAGUCUAGACUAGUAUACUCGUGUGGUUAUCCCACAAUUUGUUCUACAUAUCUGGUAAGGAACAUGAGUUGCUCCCAGUUUGGGAUUAUUACAAAUAAAGUGGCUGUGAACAUUCA